UUUCCCAGUCAAAGAGGCUGUUCUUGCAGCCUCAAGGAGACUCACAGGCUCGGGGUCUGCAUUGUCACUAGGGGGAUUUUACGUCCAGUCAGUGACUGACUUGGCAGGGCUUAACUUUAGUUAUUAUAGCACCUCUGGAAGAGGGAGAUAAAGCAGAAAAGCAGCUGUUGCAAUCUUGACUAAACAGGGCUCUGGUAAAGCAAGCUUGAAAAUGGACUAUUGAAGAGGUUGGGAUGUCACAGGUUUGAUUGCAGAAUGUGACAGAGACACAGCAUAACGGAGCCACAUAACAGAGAGAGCCCAGCUACUGACAGCAUUCAGUAGCUCCCUUCCUGCCUCCAACAUCAUGAAAACCCUGCUCUGUGAUCUCCUGUUGCUGGGCCUCUUCUCCAACGUUUUCAGCGACUGUCAGAAGGAUUGUUUGACAUGUAGAGAAAAGCUUCACCCUUCCCGGGACAACUUCAAUGUUAAUGAAUGUGUCACAGAUUGUGAAGGACAAGACUUCCUUAGCCCUUUCUGGGCCCCUUGCACCAAGGCCAUGAAUAAGGGGCCCUGGCAGCUCAGCUUGGCCAGCAAGGACAAGGCUAUGGCAUCCGUUUACCAGCCACAGGUGAUGGAGGUACAAGGUCUGAGCCAAAUGGAGGGCAAGAACCGCGUGUCCCGUGUCAGAAGCCUUUUCCAUGCCCAGGAACAAGAGGCAGAAGAAGGCUUGGGUGAGGCAGGGGAAGAGAUGCAGAAGAAGUUGCAGAAACGGUUUGGGGGCUUCACCGGGGCACGGAAAUCUGCCCGGAAGUUGGCCAACCAGAAGAGGUUCAGUGAAUUUAUGAGGCAGUACCUAGUCAUGAGCAUGCAUGCCAGUGAGCACCAACGUCAUGGCCUGGCUCCAGGACGCAACCUGCAUCAGAAUGGCAACGCAUAGCCCGAAGGGGAGGCCUCUCCCAGCUGCACUGUCCACUUCAACCCAUGAGUGUCCGAGUGUUCCCACACACAGCAUGUCUCCAGCCCCAGACCAACUGCAGGGAAUCGGGAUUCCUUCAUCCCCAUGGCUCUGGUCAUCCUGUAGGCCCUUGAUGAGGGGUCUGGAUCAACUUCUGCUCCCUGAGCUAGCGGGUGCCGUCAUGGUUUGGUUCGAUAUGUUUCUGUUUCUUCAUGAGCACCUCUGCUGCCCUCAUCCCUCGGGAGAAGCGGAUUUUUGUAAUUCCUAAAAGGAGGAUGAAGUUGAAACAUGGACACAGCCCUGCCCUGCCUUGCCCCGUCCCCUCCAGCCUGCCUCUCCUCAGGGGAAGGUUGGAAAAAUGUGACCGAUCCAGUCAAAGCCUGGGAUUUUGACCUGCUGCUACCAUCACUUAUUUGUUAAAGAUCUGUUCUUUUUCAUUGUUUCCGACAAAUGUUUCUGCAUUAAACUUCUACAGAGCAAAUGGUUAA